AGAAGCGUGUUGCCAACGCGCGCCCGGGGAGAGUGGUUCCCGGGGUGCUUCGGGAAAGGGCGACGCGGAUGAGCCCGACUGCACCCAGCCAAGGGGCGGGAGCAGAACCGGGUUAUUUUAGCCAUCUUAAGAAUGAGGUCUCCCAUCAAUAUCUCGGCUUAAAGCCUCGGGAUCAAGGAAAAGAAUCAGACACUGAAGCAUAGAAAAGCUGAAGUGUGUCCCGCAGGACGAUUCCUGGCGAGCUGCGGAGUAGCCGGAUGGCCCCUAUGCAGUAUUUUCCCUGCUCUAGUUGGAAAAAAAAAAUGAGACUGGAUUUCCUUUGGAUUUGGUUUACUACUAAAUUCAGAUUAACUAGUUGAAUGAGGGCUUAUGGAGCCGCUGUGGAUUUGCGCAUGAUUAGCUUGCCAGAUGACUGCAUGCUUGCUCCUCAGACAGACUGGCUUGUCUUGACCUGGACUUGGCGAAGCCAAGAAGUCAUUUAGGGUCAUCAUCUUUGUCCACACACUGGGUCCACUGGGGGAGAAGCUUUACUAGGGAAAUAUUACUUAAAAUACUGAUAGAACUUUUUCAUAACUAUGAUGGGAACUUCCUGGGAUAUCCAGACCCACAAGAAUCAGGAAGAGCUUUUGGAAGUAAAGAUAGAGGAGGAAGAAGCUGAUCAACAUGCCACUGGAAACGAUCCAAACUUGCCAAAGAACAAUAUCCAUAGCAGAGAGGUCUUUAGACAGUACUUCAGGCAGUUCUGCUACCAGGAAACGUCUGGACCCCGAGAGGCUUUGGGCCGACUCAGAGAACUUUGCAAUCAGUGGCUGAGACCAGAGACCCACACCAAAGAACAGAUCCUAGAGUUACUGGUGUUGGAGCAGUUCCUGACCAUCCUGCCAGAGGAGCUCCAGGCUUGGGUACAAGAUCGCCAUCUAGAGAGUGGGGAAGAGGUGGUAACUGUAUUGGAAGAUUUAGAGAGAGAGCUUGAUGAACCAGGAGGCCAGGAAAUACCUCUAGGAACUGAACAAGAGCCCAGUAUGACUCUCCAGUCACUGAAAGCAGGGCUAAAGUGUGAACCUCCAGAACUUGAAGUCAAAGAGGAGCAAGUUUCAGAUAAGACUAGAAAUGAAUGCAGGAAUUUAACUCUAAAAGAAGUUUCUGAAGAAAUGAAAUCAAAUGGAAGUAUAUCUGGCCAAUUUGAAAAUGAUAUACGCCAGUCUGAUCAGUAUGGAGAAACUCAUAAAUCUGAAGGAGAAUCUUCUCAUUGGUCCAGGGAGGAUAAACAUGCUACCUGUGAUAAACACGGAGGAAAUAUGAUGGAGAGCUCAGAUCAUGCUGAACACCAGAGAAGCUAUUCAGGAGAAAAAUCUUAUGAGUGUGAUGACUGUGGAAAAGCUUUCAGUAAGAAUUCACAUCUCACAGAACAUAAGAGGAUCCAUACUGGAGACAGGCCCUUCAAAUGUGAGGAGUGUGGAAAAGCUUUCCGUUGGAGAACUGUGCUUAUGCGACACAGAGUAGUCCACACAGGAGAGAAACCAUACAAGUGUAAUGAGUGUGGCAGAGCCUUUGGUCAAUGGUCAGCUCUGAAUCAACACCAGAGACUUCACUCAGGAGAAAAACACUACCACUGCAGUGAAUGUGGCAAAGCCUUUUGCCAGAAAGCAGGCCUCUUUCAUCAUCUCAAGAGCCACCGAAGAAACAGACCAUAUCAGUGUCUUCAGUGUAAUAAGAGUUUUAAUCGGCAUUCCACACUCACUCAGCAUCAAGGAGUUCACACUGGCACAAAGCCCUAUGAGUGCAAAGAGUGUGGAAAGGCUUUCGUUUAUAACUCAUCGCUUCUUACGCACCAAGUGAUCCACCACAAAGAGAAGUGCCAUCAGCCCAAGGAACACAGGAAAUCCUUCCAUCAGAGUGGCCCUACUCAGCAUCCGCGGAUCUGCACUGGAGAGAAACCCUACAAGUGUGAUGUAUGUGAAAAAGCCUUUAUUCAAAGGAGAGGUCUGACAAAACAUCAGCGAAUUCACACUGGAGAGAGACCUUAUAAAUAUGAUAAAUGUGGAAAAGCCUUUACUCAAAAAUUGGUCCUCUCAGAACACAGGAUCCACACUAGAGAAGGGCCCUCCAGUUGUGAUGGGAAUGACAAUGCCUUCCAAGGAAUUACCAGCCUUAUUCAACAACCGAGAAACCUCACUGGGGAGAAGCCCUACAAAUAUGAUGAAUGUGGCAAGGCCUUCACAUAGAGGUCAGAUCUUAUUUAGUAAGCAUUAGAAACUCCAGAAUAACAUCGUCCCUAUAUAUGUAAAGAGCAUGUGGGAUCACUUAGUGAGAACUCAGCUCUUCCUCAACAUCAGAUCAUCCACAAAGGAAGAGAAUCUGUUUCUGUGUGAUAUCUACAAGGAAGCUGUUGCAAAGAAUGCAGGCUGGUGAGAAACAUAAUUUGUAAUGAUUUGGGCCAAACUGGCAGUUACUUUUGCUACCAAGGAACUUCAGCUAUUGAAUGAUAACCCAUUUCAUGCUGCCCAUUGCAUUGGUGGUAUGAAGAGUACAACAGAUUUCUUUCUUCACUGUUUAUAUCCUAGUGUGGGUUAUGUAAAAUCUGCAUACUUAAAUUAGAACACUAGACGUUUACAGCUAGUGCUCAGUAUGACAGUUGAUGGCUUUAAGUUGGAAACACUUUGGGUGUAGACUGUGGGAAGGCUAGAAUGCUAGGAAUUUCAGUCAGUCGUUUGACAGUUUCAAUUUCCAAAAUACCUUUGUAAAUUAAAUUUGUUCACCACUUUUGGGGCUGGAAAUAUGGCUUAGUGGUAA